AUGCCCUGGAGCGCGGACACUGCAGUGUACAUCUCGUCACAGACGGGCAAGCAGAGAAGGGAAGUGAUCAAUGUCAGUCGAAAGCGCAAACGCACGGACGAGCCUCAUACCUUGGACUUGGACUUGGCUCGGGGGGAGGGCAUCCGCCGACCAAUUCCGGAUGUUGCCGAGCUACUGGAUUCGACAGAUGAGGGAAUGUGGCAGGAUAGUGCCGAUGCCAGCGAGGGGAUGGUGGAUGAUGCAGAGACGGAUGACGAGGUCGUGGAAGAGGCUGUCAAGACAAGGCGGCAGACCUGUACAAGCACUUCAAACCCUAUGGCAUUGUGGCGACCACACAUGUCGUUCUUCCUUGACGAGCUGCUUUGCCACGAGGGGCUCGCUGACAUGUUGACCAACACUGAGUGUGCUGUAUGCCACUCGAUGCUUGAGCCCGGUACUCCUGAUUGCGCGGACACCAAAGCCGCAUCUGAGUCGCUGCCAACGGUGGUACCCAAUGCUGCUGAAGAGAUUGUGAAGGAAGCACAGCCAAAGCGUGGAAUCUUCAAGUGCUCGGAUUGUGGAGUGUUCCUGCAGUGCCGCAAAUGCCUGUUGGACGGUCACAAAACGUUCCCACUCCACAUAGUCAAGGAAUGGAACGGAAAUUGGUGGAACAGGGUGUCGUUGGCCGAGCUUGGCUUGGUGUACCAGCUGGGGCAUGGAGGACAUCGAUGUCCAUUUCCUGCCGAGAAACCGCAGCCAAUUGUUGUGAUUCACGCGCCAUACAUCCACCAGGUUCGGAUGUGUUAUUGUCAAUGCAGCAAGUCAGACUACGCGAACAACGUACAGCAGUUGCUGAGGAACGGGUGGUAUCCUGCCACGACCAUUGACCCUGGGACAUGUGCGACGUUUGAGACAUUGGAAUCGUUCCGUUUGUACCAGAAGAUCGGCAACUUGAACGCGAGAGAUUUCAUGACAUGCCUGGAGCAGAUGACGGAUGUCAGCGCAAAGACAGGAAUUAGGAAGACUGUGGACCGAUACAAGCAGCUCCAAAGAAUGGCUCGCCAAUGGGCAUUCCUCUUGCGCCUGAUGCGUGCAGGGCGUGGGCACGAUCCGUGUGGUGUGGAGAGUACAAGAGCGGGAGAGUGUGCAGUUAUAUGCUGGGCGUGUCCGUUCCAAGGCCGUAAUCUGCCCAACGAUUGGAGGAAUGCGCAUCCAUCGUUUUGGUUCGUGUUCAUGCUGUUGUUGGCUCUGGAUGCGAACUUUCGGCUCAAGAAUCGUCUACGCGCAAAUGAGAUAGAGGACUGUUCGUUAGGACCAGGAUGGGGAUACUGGGUUCCGCCGGACCCGUACAAUGACCAUUGGAAGGCCUACGUCACCGAAGAAGAUAUCAGCACAUGUAUCACGUUUGCCGCUCUCCUCCAGAAGGAUACUCGCCUGACAACGGGACUACGCAUAUCUGGAGUUGGUGGAUGUGUAUGCGCCCGACAUGAGUGCAUGCGUCCGAACGGUAUUGGUGAUUUACAAAAGGGCGAGCGAUAUGCAAAUAUGGACUUUAUUGCAUUCUCUGCCCUAAGUGGGUUCGACCUGCAGGCGCUCACUCCAUCCUACGACAUUGGAUGCCAAUGGAAGAACAAGCUGCAGGAACGCAUGCAACGUUUGCCGCCUGACCUCCACCUCUCUCUGGACGACAUCACUCUUCAGUGUGGACUGCCUGUCUGGCAUGCCUCAUCGCACAACAGUGAAUGUCAAAACGCAAACAGCCUUUCCUUCAAACGGGGUGUGGGGAAGACGGAUGGGGAGGGAAUAGAGCGGGUAUGGUCGACGCUGAAUCCGACGGGCUACGCAACAAAAACAGCUGGGCUGGGAAUGAGGGCAGACAUUCUGGAAGAGAGAAUCGACCACAACAACUUCAUGAAGAAUCUGGGUCUCGCACACACACUCCCCAGACGGCUGAAGAUUGCGGAGGCCGAGCGCAAGAUACAGGUGGACGCAUUUGCCGAUGUCAGCGCGUCUGUACCAACCUCGGUGAUGAAGGAGUGGACCAUGAAUAUUGACGCGUGGCUUGCGGACAACAGGAAGCCAAACCCAUAUGUCCUGGACUCCUCUGUGUGCGUUUCGGAAGCUCAGGUACGAUUGGACGUGCGCAAGGAGGAGGAACACUUGCUUGCUGAGGGUUGCAUGCCAAUGAGCGGGAAGACUGGCACGGCGUUUCUCACUGCUGGAAUUCAAAUCGAGGACACGCAGAGGCGUAUACGUCUGGAGGUUGCCGGAACAACUAUCAUUCACCCGGAUCGUGCCAACCGAAUUGAGGAGUGGCGGCGUGCAGUGCUCGUCAAGAUCGCCCGCUUCCGGGAGCUCCAGCCCACGUUCAUGCCAGCGGCCGCUGCCUUGAUUCGUGAUGCGGAGCCCGCAGUUGCCCCGUUGCCAGAGAAUAUCAAGAUUUGGAUGCCCAGUGCUAUGCCGGCAAGCUUGGGUGAUGACCGCGGAUGUGUGCUUGGGCUGUUGGGGAUGGAGGUUCGCCUCAGAGUCGGGCAAUGCGAGAACAGCCUGGGUCAGGUCCGCGCUCGUCUGCAUGCCAAGCGACAUCUCAUCAGCUUUCGCAAUGCCAACGUCACGGGCCAGGUGCAUUCGAUCAAGGCUCGGACAAUCAUCGACGAGGUUGGGGAGAAGGUGAAUGCUUGGGCGGCGAGGUAUCGGACCGGUCGAGCAGCGCUGGUCACGGCGGGCAAGAUUUCCGAUUUCCCCCAUCUGCGAGAGCUCGCCCAAGAAGACCUGCACAUGGACGGCGUGUCUGUAGCUGCCGGAGAUGACGCCGCAGGCAGCGAUGCAUCAGCCGCCAAGAAGUUGGCGGCGUUGGGUGCGGGGCGGGCUCCGCGACACGAGGCUGGUGCGUCGAAGCGUACAAUGUCAUGGAUAUGGACCGCAAAGGGCGCGCUCGAGAAGCAAGAACAGCAUCUACAUGACUCUAUUCGUGUGGAAUGGGCCCGAGCACGUGCUCGACGCGAUCGAUGGUCUGAGGAGGUUGUGAUGCUCAAGGAGGAAAUGCGUCGAGUGUGUGCGUACCUGGGGUGGCAAUCUGAUUGGUGGUCGAAGCGGCAGGGGCAAAGGGAGGAUUGGGAUCUGUACAUCGAAGCAGGAGCUAGAGCAUAUGCUCUGAAGCAGGCGGCGUGGCAUUCUGGCCUUCAGGAGCAUCUGAGGAUCAGCUGGGGCGGCCGCAUCGGACACAUUCGGUAUGACGAGGAGCGCCAGGACAUCAUGCUCGAUAAGAUUGCCACAGAUGUAUCUACUAUCGAUUAG